AUGACGAUAUGUAAUGAGGAAGAAGUUCGGUCUUACUAUAUGAAGUAUGUUAAGCAUAAAGGGUUCGGGGUGCGUAGAAAGAAUUCUAGACAAAAUGACGAUGAGAAGAUUAGAUGGUUUACAUUGGUAUGUGUGCGGCAAGGCACAACAAAGAGUCAGGCUUCCAAUGUCCUUAAUCCAAGACAAAUAGAGAGGGUAGGGUGUAAAGCAAGAGUUAAUGCGGUUUUGAAUGAGGAUGGUGGAUAUACUUUGUCUAGUGUAAUCUUGGAUCACACACAUGUAUGUAGUUCGGAGAAAGCAAAACACUUUAGAUAUUUUAAGAAGGUAAAUGCUCGUGUGGCUAAGAGGCUUGAAAUAAAUGAUGAGGCAGGAAUACGUACGUCAAAGACUUUCAAAAGUGUAGUUGUUGAGGCAGGGGGAGGGAGGUAUGAGAAUGUGCCAUUUGGGAAAAAUGAGUGUCGAAACUAUAUUAACAAAACACAACAACUUCGCAUCAGAGUUGGAGGCGUUGAAGCUCUAAUGAGCUACUUCCAAGAUAUGUAG